AUGUCGUCAGUGCACAUCGCGGGGGCUGCAACAGACGGAUCCCGAAACGAGAACAGCCUGCCCUGGCCAGCCGUUCCCGCUCCGCUCUCGCCCGCCGCCGCUGCCCUGGCCGCUGCCUCGCUGGUGCGAACGCUUCCGACUUGCCACCGCGAGCCUCCCCGCUGCCGAGCAUGCCCAGUCCGCGGCCCGAGCCCGCCCGGCUUCCAGCGCGACGUGAGUCCGCUUCUCCGGGUGUUCGCGGAGGCCGAGGGAGGGGGGCCGGGCCGGCCGGGCGGGGUCCGCGGUGGGCUCUUCCCGGACCCUGCGGGACCCGGGCCGGAUGGAGGCUUGGGCCCCGCUUACUUUCAAGGAAUGGGAAACCUGGCAGGCGACACUUUUGCCAGCGCGCAAGUUUUUAAGGGACCGCAGAAGCAGGGCAGGAGCCGGGGGUUAGUCCGGGAUGGUAAGCCACUUGGGGCCGAGCCCCGGAGUUGAGCCACCAGAGCCGAUGAGAGCAGGAAACGUUAAACUGGGCGUCCAGGAGGCCAGGCUCGGGAUGGGAGUUCGCGAACUACAUUUGGAUUCACUUCCCCACCAAGCCCCAGGGCAGCGACAAUCGUGCUUAACUCCCGAUCAAGCAUUCAUUUAAGAAGAGAACGGACC